GAAAAAGUCAGACUGUUGCCAUGUUUACAAAUAGUAAAUACGAAUAAUAAAUUAUUGCUUGCACUAAUAUUUGCGACAAAAUAUAGGCGUUAUCCAGCUUUAUGACUUGUAUUUAUGAUAUUUACUUGUAUAUUACAGAUUCGAUAAUGAUUUAUUUAAAAGUUUUUUGUCAUAUUUUUCCAAAAUUAUUGGCAUUUUGCUUCGGCUAAGUUUGGCAACUGGAUAAUAGAAGUGUCAUGUCAUGUGUUAGUGAGAUGUGAUCUGUUUUACAAAUGUUUUGAAAAUUUACUAAUAUUUGUAAAAAUAUUUCAUUAUUAAGUAUAAGUGAUAUUAUGUUAAGUACAAAUUAAAUUCGACUGUGCUAGAUUUUGUUUCAGUUUAAUUUGUAUUAAGUUUCUAUUUAAAAUCUGGGCAUUCAUAGUCACCAGAGGUUUGUUGAUCGAUUCUGAUUUGUUCCUGUAUAUUCUGGUGACCCAGUUAAAGUGUAAAAAAUGGGUGAUAAAGAGGAUUAUUUAACAGCCUAUAGAGUGUUUUUCGAAAACUUUGCGGCCACUGUUAAUCCCGAGGACCAACUACCAGUUCAUAUAGCAGGAUACACAAUUACCGAAUCGGAAUUACCCGGUGAAGUGUUGUACUGGACCACACAAUAUCUUACCGAAAAGCAAUGCCCGCCAACACUGAUGACGCCGCUGCGGCGGAUCAUACUGGACGAAGUGCAAAUAGCAUCGAAAAAAUCACCCAAUGAGUUUGGGUACAACUCUGACGAAUCAGUGUACAUAGCCUUGAGGCUUAUGCAGGCGGUAACAGCGCGCGUGAAUGCGGUAUGCCUUCGAUAUUUGGACAACGCGCGGCUGGACACUCUGCCGCCACCGCCCGAGCUGCGCGAUAUGAAGACCGUGUCCUGUGCCACAAAGAACUCGCGCCGGGCCAUGGAGGAUCGCCAUGUGGAGAUCGGAAACCUUGAAGCACUAUUCGGGAUUGAGACGACGACCCCAACGAGUUUCUAUGCAGUGUACGACGGUCACGCCGGCUCAGCGGCAGCGACGUACUGUGCGGCGCACUUACACCAGUACCUAGUAGAGAGUCCACACUUCCGAACAGACUUGAUUAAAGCCAUGCGCGAAGCUUUCCUCAGAACCGAUAACGAAUUUGUCAGAAAAAGCAAUCAAGACCGCGCAUGUGGCGGCAGCACAGCAGUGGUGGUGACUGUGCGGGGCCGCACUUUACUAGCGGCGUGGGCGGGCGACUCCUUGGCGCUGCUUGCCAAGCGGAUGCGGUUGCUGCAGCUCGUGCGGCCUCACAAGCCCGGCCGAGAGGACGAACGAGAUCGAAUAGAAUGUUCAGGCGGCUCUGUAAUGUACUGGGGAACAUGGCGAGUCAACGGCCAAUUAGCGGUUUCACGAGCGAUAGGUGAUGCACAAUACAAGCCUUACGUGACUGCGCGUCCGGACACAGCUUCAGUGGAGCUGGACGGAGACGAGGACUUUGUGGUGGUGGCGUGCGACGGCCUCUGGGACUACGUCAGCGAAGAUGACGUCGCGCUAUCCGUGUACCGACAAUUGGCGCAGGACCCAGAUGACUUGAAGGCGGUGACGAAGCGUCUGAUCGCGCAGGCGAAGCGGCAGUCCUCCGCAGACAAUAUCUCUAUAAUCGUGGUGUUCCUGAAGGACCCGCGCGACAUAGCCGCAGACAACCGCCCGCCCAUGGAUCUUGGGCUGGACAACCCACUGGCGAACGCGCCGCCCUUCGGCAUGGAGGCGGAGGCGUGUAAACGCCAGCUGACAAAUAGCGGCGAUGCAGAGGCCGAGGCCGAAUGCGCCGACGCCGAGGCCGACAACGGCGUCGACCACUCGGACAGUGACAGCGAGGACCUCGGCCCGGAGACGGCUGUUGACGCAGACGACAUCGACGCGGACGCAAGGCCCCGCGACCCGACACCACCGACGCCACCCGCAGACGCUGUGGAGGAGGGCCACGUCGAUGGUGCUCUGCUGGAUAAUGUAGCUGAGAGUGGCGAGGAAUCAGAAGACGAGUGGAACUAUUUCAAAGGCGAAGGCGAACGUGACGAGCAGAACCCCAGUGAAGAGCAAGAGCCCGAAGAACCGCCACGGUCCGAAACACCUUGCCAGGAUAAUUCAGCCUGGGAAACUAGUUCUGUAGACAUGAACAGCUCACCGUUGAACCCAGACGCACCCGUGUUUGUGCCGGGCUCUGUUGCCGGAAAUGAUGUGUUGCUGGCAGAGUCCCCACGUAAGCCUCUGCCAAUGGACGACAUUGAACUUCCAGAUGUGGCACAGUUUGAGACUGGAGCAGUUGUGAGGCCGGCAGAAUUAUUAGAUUUGGACAAUUGUGAUCAUCUUAAUGGCCAUCAUAAUGUAUCAUUAGAAGAUGGAAAAGAACAGUUAAAUGGGAACAAUAAGUACAACAAUAUGGACAGUCUAGGCUUUGGAUUCAGUGUGGGCAAGGAACCUGAGAAGGCAACAGACACUGGUUUAAUACAGGACUUUGAAAGGAUACAAAAAGACACCACAGACUUCUGUAAUAUACAGGUAUUCCAGGCACACACUGAAACAAAUCCCUUUGCUACAGAAGACAAUGAUGAACUUCUUGAAAGGCUAAAAAAUAAAGAAAGAGAUCCCAUGAGCAUGAGUUUUUAUCAAGAAAAAGAUGAUGAUACUUGUGAAAGAAUUUCCAAAAAUGAAUCACAUGUGGACCUCAAUGCUGUUCAAGACUUACCAGACAGUGAUGAUGAGGAGGACAUGCAAACAAACGGUGUCUGUCAAAACUUCACAGAAAAUGAUAAGGAAAAUAUUAGCCCAGAACAACACACAGAUCUACUAGGAAUGGAUAAUGAAGCACCAGAACCAAACAAUGAUAUCAUGAGGUUUGAUGAAAGAAAAGAUAUUUUGAUCAAUAAUGCCCCUCUUGACUUUGGACAGGGUGAUAAUUUCAUGGAUUACAAUGUUAACAGCGUUAAUAGGCAAGGUUAUUCUAAUAAUGAAUUUGAAUCUAAUAAUUUACCACAUGAUGCUGUAGCUCAUACAGAUACACCUGAAUCUCACAAAUUAUUAUUUGAGCAAAUACCUGAAAUACCAGAUGGCAAGAGCUCAGAGUUAGGUUUCACAACAGAAGAUUUAUUAGAUCAAACAGAAAGUGAAAAGGAUGCCAGGAUUUCCACACCUCAGGAAGAAAUUUCACAAGAUAUAGACAUGGAAAAUAGAAAUGAUGAUUCACCAUGUAUAGAAGAACAGUCACAUUUCCUAUCCAAAGCAGAAGAAGAUCAAAACCCAGAAAUCUUUGAUGAAGAAAAAGAUGAUAUCAUUCCGGAGUCAGAAUUAUUGAAAGAUAACACAAUUGAUUCUUUCUGUGAGCGAUUGCCAGCAUCACCAUUACCUGGAGAGGAUAGGCUCGCAGAAGUAAUAUCACCCGAAGUUACACAUAACGUCGAAAACAGCGUCGAAGUAGAUGUUCACCAAUGUUCUGAGCAAAAAUCAAACAUGGACGACGAUCACAUUCCACAGCAAGAUUUGCUUCACGAAACACCAGAUAUUAAAAUAAACGCCGAUGAUUUAGCAUCCGAAUCGGAAAUCGACAAAAUUUGUGAUAGACCAAGUGAGUCGCCGAUGCCUACAGAAUCGCCUCUUCCUUCUCACUCGCCGUUACCUGACGAGAGUCGUCUUCCUGUCGAAUCGCCGGCUCACGUCGAAUCUGUUUCGCCUGCAGAAUCUCCUGUGCCUGCUAAAUCACCUUUACUAUGGGAACCGCCAUCCAAAUCUCCAGCGCCUGCUGAGUCGCCGGUUCCCCCACAGUCGCCGUUACCAGUGGAAUCUCCGGCUCCGGAAAAGUCGCCAUUACCGGAAGAACCUAUUCUACCGACCCAGUCUCCUCUGGUAACGGAGUCUCUCUUACCGACAGAGUCUCCCCUGGUGGCGAAUUCGCCCUUACCCGCCGAGUCUCCCUUACCGGCUGAGUCUCCCUUACCUACUGAAACCGUCGCGCUCUCUCCGGAACCUCCUCGAAUCGCACAGUCACCUGAACCAGCACAAACAAUCGAACCGCCCGCGGAGGCAGUGGACCCCGCUUCGUCGCCUGCGAUAUCUCAAUCACCUCUCCCAAUCGAGGAACAGCGCCUUCAUACGUCUGCAGCCGAUGAACCCUUCGCGGCGUCGCCCCUCCCCGUGGAUGUGCCCCUGCCGAGAGAAUCGCCAGCCCCGCCCUCCCCUACACCCCCUAGAGAGUCGCCGGUCCCGCCCUCCCCCCGCCCAGCACAGUCCCCCCCGCCGGUGCCAUCUCCCGCCCCGGUCGAGUGCUCCCUCCCCGUCGAGUCUUCGAUACAGAGGGAGGCGCCGUCCCCGUGCGAGGAACCCGUUGAAGUUGAGCCCGUUGCGCGGUCGGAGACCAUUUCCCCGCUCGCCGCUGCGCGAGUGGAGUCCCCAGCAGACGCCGCCCUGCAAGAGAGACUGUCGCCUGAACUGGCGCAGGAGGCAUUCGCAGACGAGGCCAGCGCCGGGCCCGCGCCCGACAUCGUGCCCGACGUGCCGCCCUCCGACCUCGUCACCGACAUAGACAUAGGGAUCCCCGAGUCGCGCGCACAAGAGAUCUGCCUACCAGUCACCAGCGAGAUUCGCCCCGAGGACGGGCCCACGCCAGCCGCUGUACCGCCGCCGGUCAGCGACACACUCAUCGCUGCCGACGUCGCGCCGAUUGUCGCCGCCGCUGCUGCCGCCACGGCCGCCGCAGCCGUCACCGCUGUCGCUGCGAAGAAGACGAUCGCUAAAAAGUCGCCAACGACGCCGACCGCGAAACCCGCUCCCAAGACUCCGGCAAGGACUAGCGCAGCCGCGAGUCCUCGUCCCGCCUCGGCGACAAAGAAACCCGCGACCGCGACGACUGCGCCUGCGCGGCCCUCUGCCCCGGCCCGGACGCCGGUGUCCGCGUCGAAACCGGCCGCGCCGAAAGCAACGGCGCCCGCUCGCCCGUCGGCGGCCAAGCCGGCGGCGGCGAGUCCGCGCCCCGCGGCUAAAUCGUCUCCCGCGCCCGUCAAGGAGCCCGCGCCGAUAUCGCGCGUUGCGCCCGCCGCCGCAAAGGCGCCGGCAGCACGGCCCGCGCCCAGAGCUCCCGCAUCGCGCCCCACGUCCGCAGCCGCGCCUAAGACUACCACCAGGCCUGCGGUAAAGGCCGCUGCGCCAGCAUCCCGCCCCGUCCCCGCGCGGCCGAAGCCGACCGAGCUUAAACCGAAAGCACCAGAGAAGAAGCCGCUGGCUAACGGCGACGUGAAGCCCUUGAGCCGGCCCGCCGCCGCCCGCCCUGCGCCCGCCGCCGCCCGCCCCGCGCUCGCCGCCCGCCCAGCGCCCGCCGCACCGCGCCCCACGCCCCGCGCGCCCGCCGCAGCACCCGCGUCUGCUACUACUAAGACCGCGGCCCCCCGGCCGGCUCCGCGCGCGGCCCCGGCACGCCCGCUCGACAAACAAACUAAGGACCUCGCCAACAAGCGCAUCACGGCCAAAGCGGCGCCGCCCAGGACCGCCGCUUCUAAGACGGCGCCGGGUGCGAAGAGCGUCCCAGUGAAAGUGACGAAGAAGGUAGAUCCUGUGAAGAAGGAAGAAACCCAGAACGGCCUGACGAACGGCGCGGAGCUGAGCAAGCCGCCGCCGUCGCCGCCCGCCGCCGACAACGCGCUGCUGCCCGACGUCAUCGCGUAGGCGGCGGCCACCGAGAUUCCUAUAAUUUCCGCUUGAAUUUUGUGAUUUUCUAUAAGUGUAUGAUAGUUUUAAAGCCGCUCGUGGCGGCGGCGAGUCGUUAGGUGCGGGAGUCUCCUCCCACUUUUAUAUUAUAGAGUCGCUUUUUAUAGACUUGUACGUUGCCGGUUGUAUGCGUGGACGGAGCGUCGGACCCGGUCUGAGGGCGGGGCCCGGCGCGCCGCCCCUGUGCGGUUAUUAUCCAUUAUCCUGAUUAUAAGUCUGUUUUAGAAUUUUUAUAUUACCAACGAACGAUUGAUUUAAAAAUCUGGCUUCUAAUUUAUUUUCUUUGUAUAACCGUAUUAUUUAAUAAAAACUGUGAGGAAGGACUGAGACAUUGUUUUAUUUACGAACUGUUCGAAAUUAUUUUUUUAUUAUUAUUAUAAUUAUUAUUAUUGACUAAGACGAAAUGAAACGAAAUUUUUUUGGAAGGAAAUUGUUUACUCGAUUCUUAUUAGCUUGAUAUGUCUAUGUAAACUUAAAUAUCAUGGUGUUACAAAGAAAUACUAAAAUAUAGCAUUUUAUUCAAAUAAAUGAUUAUCACACUCUUUAAAUUCUUUUUAUUGGCGAUCCAUUAUUUUAAUUCGUUGUUCAAGUGUGGGAAGCGCAAAUCCGUAUCACGUAGGUUAUCGGCCAUCCACUGUUCGGCCUGAAGGGUCAUUUCUUCAUCAAAGUGGUCGCGCCAUCCUCCUGCU